CUUUCCCGACAUGAUGGACAUCCGCUGUGGGAUAACUUUCUCGUUGCGGUCUCUUAAUCGACCUCAUGGCUGCGUGAAGUCUAUUCCCGUAUUCCAUUUCAGGACAUGCGGACCUUAAAGACUCGACGUUCCAAAGAUCCUUCCGGGUUCAUUAUGCCUCCUGAUCCUGAGCUUACCUUGGACUCGAAGCGCAAAGAAACGCUAAAUGAGUUUCUCGAAGUGCUAAGAGAAAUUGUCGCUCGCGACUCUGCGCCAGUAGAGGGAAAACCGCAAGAGAGCACAGGCAAGGAGAAACAAUAUCCGAUUAGCUCGGAAGAAAAGCGGAUUUUAGAAGGUAUAGAGACCUUCGAUAAUUUUGAGAAGCGCAUUGAAAGAUUGGACAAAGAGCUCCGUAAUUUUGAUAACGGCGCCCGUCAAUUAGGCAGCUCGGCCGCAUUGCUACUGGCUGCAUCUAGACUUCGUGAACGGCUCGUCCGACUAUUGUUCAUCUUCCGCGACAACACAGCCAAUCUAUUUCCUCGGAGGAUCGCACGCCAGUCCAGAGAAAUGCUUGUGAAUCCAAAUAUCAUGGAUCGACGUGGCAAGGCUCACCACGAAGCUCUCGCAUUUCAAGCGUUCAUAGCAGAGGAUGGACUUGCGACUGAAGCCAUCCCCCAAGAAUUUGAAGGGUUUGCGCGAGAUCUCCGCAUGCUAUUGCAUAGUUUGAACGAUUUCCCUGAGUUCAGGGAUGAUGCGGUGAAUAGUUCGAUCCACGCCUUCAUAGCAGAACUCGAAUAUCGGGCUUCCUGUCUGACAGAGUACAAAGGCCAUUUUCGGCUUGCUUCUGUGCAACAAUACGUCCACGGACUUACAGCGGAAAUUGGAAGUCAUAUAGACGUUGUAGCAUCGAACUUGGCGAUGUUCAUAGAUAUCGGUGUCCCAACCAUUCAGCUUUCACAACAGUAUGCGGCCUCUAAUCUUUCUAAUCUGGCAACAUUUGGUACCAUAUUUUCGAUUGUCACCGCAACACUUUUACAACUAUCAUAUCAUAACGCCGGCAGUGGGCUGGCAAUAACUGUAAAUGCAUUUUGGUUUUCAUCGCUAGUUUUCAGCGUUACGGCCAUAGCGACCAGUCUACUUGGUUUGGCGUGGACGCAGGCCAUACACCGCUCGCCAAAUCACAGAGUACCCUGGUGGCUAUUGACAUGGAUCAGGCGAUCCCCUCUCGUGUUACUCGUCAAUGCAGUUAUGUGCUUUUUUGUGGGACUCAUGUUAGUCACCUACAUUAUAAGUGAUAACAUGGUCACGCCCAUCCUGAUCACUAUAUUCGCAACCAUUACGUCCAUCGGACUGGCUUCCUCCUUGUGCUGGAUCGUGUCAGAACGAUUUGUAUUCAUAUACCAUCACGGUCACAUAUGGCUAGAGGACCUCAUGCUGGAAACAAUCAAACAUAUCACUGCGCCCAUACGGACGAUCACCCACCGUCUUUACUCAAGUUUCCGUGGACUUCCUAUGUACGUUCGGCGACCCCCUCCUGCCAAAUUAUUUGAGAGAACGACAGAUGAUGAAAAUGCCCAGAGCGCAGCCCUGACCUCAUGCUGCGUCUCUACAAUAUCUCCCUCGAGUCAGGAGGAUGUGGCAUCAGUUGUCUCGGAGGCAACGCCAGACGAACAAGAUGAGGCUAGACGAUCUCGUGCUCGAGAACGCUUCAAGAAGGCUGUUCGGACCGUUAUAUCGAUGCAGUCAUACCCGAGAACUUAUGGCUCGCAAUCUCUUGAUUGGUUGCUGCAUCCGAGCCCUGAUUCCAACAGCGCUUCGAUAGGAGGAAAAGUAAUUCGACGUUAUGGUCUUUCUACUCUCUCCCAAAAGUUGCGGAAUUUGGAAUGCACAGAAGACAUCUCGCCUCAUCAAGCACUCGUGAGAGACUUGCAAUUCUCUCCAGAUGGAAAGUACCUCGCGACGGCAAGUUGGGAUAAAACGGCAUGUAUCUUCAAGGUCGCCGAACCGUCCGCUGAUUACCAUGUUCUUUACCAUGAGAGAGGCUUUACGGAGCAAAUACUCUGGUCCUCGAGUGGUAGUCACUUGUUAACCAGGUCUCCCCGCGGCAUCAAAAUUUGGACAAAAGAUGGCAUUUGCUUGAAAACAAUCCGUCGGCCACAUAUCGUCAAGUUCUUGCAAUGGGUGCCUCUUGGAGAUAUGUCUAUCCUGUCUGUCGAGGGGAGUGAAAUCGCGAAACUAGAUAAAGAUGGAGAGGUCCUUGAAAUUUACAACUUCGGUCGUGUCCAACUUCGACGGAUCGUUGUUACAUCGGACGGUCAUCGUAUAAUAGGCAUUGGUCCUAUAGGGGAAGCGCCUAACGGACUCCAUCCGAGUCGUCCUGCGAGAGUGGAAAAGCGCAUUGUAGUGUAUAACACGCGUACAGGUCUCUGUGAAAGUCAAAUACCACUUUUCCAGGACGUAAACGAUGUUAAAUUGACGAGAGACAACACCCACCUCCUCUUUUCGUUCGGAGAUCAGUCCCCUCCUCAGCUCUGGAAGAUGGAUUUGGUCGGGGGCCGGGGUCGGGCUACCCGUAAUUGUGCGAGACUUACAUUCCGUCAUGAAUUUUCGUCUCCAGUCUCCAUCGAAUAUGUUGAAUCAACGUUUGGCGGCAAGAACGAUCAGUUCAUACUCUGCGCCGGGAAAGCUGGAGAUAUCCUGAUUUGGGAUCGAGAAUCUGCUAAUCUUCUUCAUCACAUCUACCCUAAGAACCCUGAUCAGGAUCUGACUUGUAUAUCGUCCAAUUGCCUCGCAGGUGAACCUUUCGCGUUUGCUGUAGGCGGGCACGAUGGCAGUAUUCGUAUAUGGUCAACACUCUUAUGUCUCACUCCUAUGACUCCGUCCAAUGAUCCACACGAUAUGUCACCCCCCGAAUCGCUAUCCAGCUACUCUCCUAGAGGAUGGCAUACAAACAAGAUCCCCGCGGAUAAUUUUCUGAAGGUCGUUACGCCAACUCGGCGGUUACGAUCUCCGAGUAUGACGUCAACGGCUUUCCUGUCAAGGUCGAGUUCGGGAUCUGCUUAUGGGACACAAAGAAGUAUAAGUCAGAAAUCGGAUACUUAAUUAUCAUUUAAAUGCAAAUGUUCACUAGACGACAAGCAUGUCAUGC